AUGCGAACUGUCGUCAUUACAAGAAUCCAAGACGACGAGGAAGAUGACAGAGAAAGUGUGGCAUCAUCGUAUCAUAUCACUUUAAGUGAAAUAGACGUGAUUGAGGAAGAAGACGCUGAAAUUGCUCCACCCGAACUUGAAGGAGUCAAAGCCACCAUCGAUGAGUUAAAGGAAAUUAAUUUAGGAGAUGCGGAGAAUCCUCGACCAAUCUACAUUAGCGCUUUACUGGCUGUCAACGAAGAGGAGACUUAUAUUGAAUUGUUGCACGAGUUCAAGGAUGUGUUUGCAUGGUGUUAUAAAGAAAUGCCCGGAUUGGACCCAAAAGUGGCAAUACAUCAUCUCUCCGUGAAGAAAGGAGCUCACCCUGUGAAGCAAGGCCAACGUAGAUUUAGACCUGAAUUAGUCCCUGCAAAUGAGGCUGAAGUGAAUAAACUUAUUGAGGUUGGUUUCAUUCGAGAAGUCAAGUACCCAACAUGGAUUUCAAGUAUUGUCCCUGUCAGAAAGAAGAAUGGACAAAUUCGUGUAUGUGUUGACUUUAGAGAUUUGAACGAAGCAUGCCCUAAGGACGACUUUCCAAUGCCAAUAGCCGAACUAAUGAUUGAUGCUACUACGGGCCACGAAGCAUUAUCAUUUAUGGAUGGGUCAUCAGGAUACAAUCAAAUACGAAUGGCGCCGAGAGACGAAGAAUUAACAACCUUUCGCACUCCUAAGGGCAUCUAUUGCUAUAAAGUGAUGCCAUUUGGCUUGAAAAAUGCCGGUGCUACAUACCAAAGAGCCAUGCAGAAGAUAUUUGAUGACAUGCUCCAUAAAGAUGUUGAAUGUUAUGUGGAUGACUUGGUAGUUAAAUCCAAAAGAAAGGAAGAUCAUCUCCAAAAUUUGAGAAAAGUCUUCGAGCGCUUGAGAAGGUACCAAUUGAAGAUGAAUCCAUUGAAAUGUGCAUUUGGUGUUACUUCGGGGAAGUUUCUUGGAUUCGUAGUUCGUCACCGAGGCAUAGAAACCGAACAAGCCAAGAUUGAUGCAAUUUUAAAGAUUCGCGAGCCUAGGAACAUUCAUGAGCUCAAAAGUUUGCAAGGAAAGUUGGCAUACCUAAGAAGGUUCAUUUCAAACUUAGCCGGUCGAUGUCAACCAUUCAGCCGACUGAUGAAGAAAAAUGUUCCCUUUGAAUGGGAUGAAGCUUGCACUAGUGCCUUUGAAAGUAUAAAAUCGUAUUUAACGAAGCCUCCUGUGUUGAUUGCACCAGUACCCGGACGAUCGUUAAUACUCUAUAUUGCUGCUCAAGAUCGAUCUGUCGGGGCUUUACUAGCCCAGGAGAAUGAUGAUGGAAAAGAGAGCGCCUUAUACUACUUGAGUAGAACAAUGACACCAAAUGAAUUGAACUACUCGCCAAUCGAAAAGACAUGCUUAGCGCUCAUUUUUGCAAUUCAAAAGUUGAAGCAUUAUUUUCAAGCACAUGUUGUCCGCCUAAUCUCAAGGAUGAAUCCUCUAAAGUAUGUCAUGUCAAAACCCGUCCUAUCCGACAGACUCGCAAGGUGGUACCUACAAUUGCAGCAGUUUGACAUAACAUAUAUUCCACAAAAGGCUGUGAAAGGGCAAGUCCUAGCCGAUUUCUUGGCAGAUCAUCCUAUCCCUGCAGAGUGGGAGUUAUCCGAUGAUCUACCCGAUGAAGAUGUUCUUGUGAUUGAAGCUAGUCCUCCUUGGAAAAUGUACUUUGAUGGAGCUUCUCACAGAGAAGGAGCGGGCGCCGGAGUAGUAUUUGUCACAUCCAACGGCGAAGUGUUGCCUCACUCUUUUACCUUAACACAAAAUUGCUCUAACAAUGUUGCUGAAUAUCAAGCUCUUAUCCUUGGGCUAGAAAUGGCAGUUGAUAUAAAGCAACUAAAUUUGGAGGUAUAUGGAGACUCCAAGUUGGUGAUCAAUCAAAUACUCGGAUCAUACGAAGUUAAGAAUCUCGAUUUACUCCCUUAUGUCGAUUAUGCUAAAAGACUUAUCGGAUACCUUGGUGAUGUGACGAUAGAACAUGUGCCUAGAAAUGAUAACAAACAAGCGGAUGCACUGGCAAAACUUGCUUCUACUUUAGCCAUGCCCGAAGACGGAGCUCAUAUAUCAAUUUUCAAGAGGUGGGUCGUACCACCAAUCGUUGAACAUGGAGAAAUUGAAGAAGACGAAACUCGAGUGGUUUACGUGUUUGAAAUCGAGAAGGAAGAUUGGCGUCAAUCAUUUGUGGAUUACUUGAAGUACGAAAAGUUGCCUAAUGAUCCACGUCAAAGAGUUGAUAUACGACGUCGUGCGGCUCAUUUCAUCUACUACAAAGAUACACUUUACAGACGUUCAUUUGAUGGAGUCUUCUUGAGAUGUUUAGGUGAUGACGAAGCCGUUCAAGCCAUGGAAGAAGCUCAUUCCGGAAUUUGCGGCACCCAUCAGUCAGGACCCAAAUUACAUUUCCGAAUAAAAAGAAUGGGUUAUUAUUGGCCAUCUAUGGUAAAGUAUUGCAUGGAGUAUGCCCAAAAAUGUCAACCUUGUCAAUUUCAUGCAAACUUCAUUCAUCAACCGCCGGAGCCAUUACACCCUACUGUUGCCUCAUGGCCCUUUGAUGCUUGGGGUUUGGAUGUGGUUGGACCUAUGACAAAGUCUUCCGCUGGACAUCUCUAUAUCUUGGUAGCAACAGACUACUUUUCCAAAUGGGCUGAAGCAGUGCCUCUUCGAGAAGUAAAGAAGGAGAACGUUGCCGAUUUCAUCCGCAUCAACAUCAUCUACCGUUACGGAGUUCCUCGAUAUGUGAUCACAGACAACGGAAAGCCAUUCUGCAACGGUGUGAUAGAUAAACUUUGUGAAAAGUUUGGCUUCAAGCAAAGAAAGUCUUCAAUGUACAACACUGCCGCCAAUGGACUCGCCGAGGCCUUCAACAAGACUUUAUGUAAUUUGCUGAAGAAAGUGAUCGCCAAGUCAAAACGCGAUUGGCACGAAAGGAUGGGAGAAGCUUUAUGGGCUUAUAGAACAACGUAUAGAACACCUUCUCAAGCCACUCCAUAUGCGUUGGUGUACGGUGUGGAAGCGGUCUUGCCUCUUGAAAAACAAAUUCCAUCAUUGAGGAUAGCUAUACAAGAAGAACUCACUCAAGAAGAAAAUGCUUGUUUGCGUCUUGCAGAAUUGGAAGCUCUUGACGAGAAAAGAUUAGAGGCACAACAAAGUAUUGAAUGCUACCAAGCUCGUCUUUCUAGGGCGUUUAACAAGAAGGUGCGGCCAAGAUCGUUUCAAGUUGGAGAUUUGGUGCUUGCCGUAAGGAGGCCCAUCAUCGUCACUCAUAAAACGGGAAAUACAUUUACUUCAAAGUGGGAUGGUCCUUAUGUCGUCAAAGAAGCAUACACAAACGGAGCGUACAAGUUGGUUGCCGAAGAUGGUUUAAGAAUUGGUCCGAUAAAUGGAAAGUUCUUGAAGCGGUACUAUGCAUGA